CCACGACUCUUCCGCAGAGCCAGUUGAUCAGGUCCAGGAAUUUUCGUCUGCUGCCUUGUCAUAUAUAUAGCCUGCUGUAAACAGAGACCAGAGAUGUUCUCUUCAUCCCAAGGCUUGCCAAGAUUUGCAGGAGCUAGAGCUGAGUUCCAAGGUAUUCAUUUUUGGUCAUUUCUGGUGCAGUAGUAGUCAGACUGAUGAUACUGCCGUAUAUCAUUUUGCUUGGAUGAAAACUCUGGGAAUAGCUAUACGUGCUUCUCUUUGACAAUCUUCGUAUACCGAAAGUAGCGAGAGGAAGCAGAUUGACGGAAAUCCUGCGUGGAAAGAGUGAUUCUGUACUCUGCACUUGAAGUUUGGAACAUGUCUUCUGAGGCUUGGAUCACUUCUAUCUCAUGCUCAAGCCCUCUGAUGCAAUCCUCUGAGGACGACCCUAUUUCAAUCACAUUCCAUUGGCUAAAAUUCAUUUUCCUUUCCCCGUGUCCUCAAAGAACUCUAUUAUCUUCUGUUGACCUCGUCUUCUUGCUCACCCUCUUGGUAUUUGGAGUUCAAAAGCUCUAUUCAAAGUUCACCUCCAACAGCCAAACCAGCUCUGACCUCCACAAGCCCCUCGUUAGAAACAACAGAGCUGCUCUAAGGACUACACUGUGGUUUAAGCUGUGUCUGAUUGCUAGCGUUCUGUUAGCAUUUUCUUACACAGUUAUAAGCAUUUUAACAUUUAGUAGCAGCACGCAAUUUCCUUGGAAACUAAUUGAUGGACUAUUUUGGCUAGUCCAAGCCAUAACUCAUGCAGUAAUCACAAUCUUAAUCAUCCAUGAAAAAAGAUUUCAAGCUGUUACUCAUCCUCUAUCACUUCGAUUUUAUUGGGUUGCAAAUUUCAUUGUUGCUGCCUUGUUUAUGGCCUCUGGGUUUAUGCGUUUAGUCUUUGUAGGAGAGCCACAGGACAUCGAUUUGACAUUGGAUGAUGUAGUUUCUAUAAUUUCUUUUCCGUUGUCCAUGGUUCUUCUUUUUGCUGCUAUUAUAGGAUCUACUGGGGUGACAGUGACGAGAGAAAUUGAAACAAUUAUGGAUGUAGAAACAAAAUCCUAUGAACCGCUUUUGAACCAAUCAAAUGUGACUGGAUUUGCCUCAGCUUCUAUAGUUUCCAGGGCCUUUUGGCUUUGGAUGAACCCCCUGCUGAGUAAAGGCUAUAAAUCUCCUCUCAAGAUUGAAGAAAUCCCAUCCCUUUCACCUGAACAUAGAGCUGAAAGAUUGGCAGUGGUCUUUGAAUCAAGUUGGCCUAAACCACAUGAAAAAUCAAAUCACCCGGUCCGAACCACAUUGCUCCGGUGCUUCUGGAAGGAAAUUGCCUUCACUGCCUCCCUUGCAAUUGUGCGGCUCUGUGUCAUGUAUGUAGGGCCCAUUCUUAUACAAAGUUUCGUGGAUUUCACCUCUGGGAAGAGAAGCUCCCCUUACGAAGGAUACUACCUUGUAUUGAUUCUCCUCGCCGCAAAAUUUGUUGAAGUUCUCUCGACUCACCAAUUUAACUUCAAUUCUCAGAAGCUUGGAAUGCUCAUUCGAUCCACUCUUAUCACUUCUUUGUACAAAAAGGGUCUGAGGUUGACAGGUUCUGCUCGGCAGGCUCAUGGAGUCGGACAGAUAGUGAAUUACAUGGCCGUUGAUGCUCAGCAGCUGUCUGAUAUGAUGCUACAGCUGCAUUCCAUAUGGUUAGUGCCUUUGCAAGUUGCUGUGGCCUUGGUACUCCUGUACAACUACCUUGGCGCUUCAGUAAUUACAGCAAUUUUUGGAAUUCUUGGUGUUAUGGUAUUUAUUAUAUUCGGUACUCGGAGGAAUAACCGGUUCCAAUUCAAUGUGAUGAGAAAUCGCGAUUCCAGAAUGAAGGCAACAAAUGAGAUGCUUAAUUACAUGCGAGUAAUCAAGUUCCAGGCAUGGGAGGAACACUUCAAUAAGAGAAUUCAAGCUUUCCGUGAAUCGGAGUUUGGAUGGCUUUCCAAGUUCAUGUACUCGAUCUCUGGAAAUAUUGUUGUAAUGUGGAGCACCCCGUUAUUGAUAUCGACCCUCACAUUUGCUACUGCAAUUUUCUUAGGAGUUACUCUUGAUGCAGGGACAGUGUUCACAACAACUACAAUCUUCAAAAUCUUGCAGGAACCAAUCAGGACAUUCCCACAAUCGAUGAUCUCUCUUUCACAAGCAAUGAUAUCACUUGGGAGGUUGGAUAAGUACAUGAUGAGUAGGGAAUUGAUGAACGAUUCGGUGGAGAGAGAGGAGGGAUGUGAUGGUAGAAUUGCUGUGGAAGUUAAGGAUGGGGUGUUUAGCUGGGAUGAUGAAAAUGGAGAGGAAGCCUUGAAAAAUAUAAAUUUGGAGAUCAAUAAAGCGGAGGUUACAGCUAUUGUCGGGACUGUGGGAUCUGGGAAGUCUUCUCUCCUAGCAUCAAUUCUUGGUGAGAUGCACAAAAUAUCAGGAAAGGUCAGGGUUUGCGGAACAACUGCCUAUGUAGCUCAAACUUCAUGGAUUCAAAAUGCCACCAUUCAAGAGAACAUCCUAUUCGGUUUGCCACUGGACAGAGAGAGAUACAGGGAAGUCAUCAGGGUUUGUUGCUUGGAAAAAGACAUGGAAAUGAUGGAGUAUGGAGAUCAGACUGAGAUUGGAGAGCGUGGAAUCAAUUUAAGUGGUGGCCAAAAGCAGCGAAUACAACUUGCUCGGGCUGUAUAUCAGGAUUGUGAUAUCUAUCUUCUUGAUGAUGUCUUUAGCGCUGUUGAUGCACAUACUGGAACAGAAAUAUUCAAGGAAUGUGUGAGAGGAGCUCUCAAAGGCAAGACUAUUCUACUUGUAACCCACCAAGUUGAUUUCUUGCAUAACGUGGAUCUUAUCUUAGUUAUGAGAGAUGGCAUGGUAGUCCAAUCGGGAAAGUACAAUGAUUUACUAGAUUCUGGCAUGGAUUUCACAGCGCUUGUUGCUGCCCAUGACACGUCCAUGGAACUUGUUGAGGUGGGCACCACAAUGCCUGGUGAAAAUUCCCCCAAAUUACCAAAAUCAACUCAAACCUCAGCCAAUGGCGAGGGCAAGUCCGUUGAUCAGCCAAACUCUGAUAAGGGGACAUCCAAGCUCAUCAAAGAGGAGGAGAGAGAAACUGGCAAAGUGAGCUUGCAUGUUUAUAAACUUUACUGCACUGAGGCUUUUGGGUGGUGGGGUGUGGCUGCAGUGCUGGUGAUGUCUCUACUUUGGCAAGUAUCUCUGAUGGCGGGUGAUUAUUGGUUGGCAUUCGAAACUUCAGAAGAGCGUGCUAUGUCAUUCAACCCUUCUUUGUUCAUUUCCGUCUAUGCAAUUAUUGCAGUUGUCUCAUUUGUGUUGAUACUGAUAAGGGCCUUUUCUGUUACAUUUGUGGGGCUUAAGACAGCCCAAAUUUUCUUUGUGCAAAUCCUGCACAGUCUCUUGCAUGCUCCCAUGUCAUUUUUUGACACUACACCUUCAGGAAGAAUUCUAAGUCGGGCUUCAACUGAUCAGACGAACAUUGACCUCUUCCUCCCCUUUUUUAUGAGCUUAACAAUUUCCAUGUACAUCACAGUGAUCAGCAUCUUCAUCAUCACGUGCCAGUAUUCUUGGCCCACGGUAUUCUUAUUGAUUCCGCUUGCAUGGCUGAAUGUCUGGUAUCGGGGGUACUAUCUUGCAUCAUCACGUGAAUUGACCCGCCUUGACUCUAUCACAAAAGCACCUGUUAUCCAUCAUUUCUCGGAAAGUAUCUCUGGCGUUGUAACUAUCCGCUCAUUCAGGAAGCAGGAGGGGUUUUGUGAGGAGAAUGUCAAGCGUGUUAAUGCCAACUUACGUAUGGAUUUCCAUAACAAUGGAUCCAAUGAGUGGCUGGGUUUCCGUUUAGAACUGCUUGGGAGCUUCAUCCUCUGCAUUUCUACUAUGUUCAUGAUCCUGCUACCUAGCAGUGUCAUAAGGCCAGAAAAUGUUGGUUUAUCUCUUUCCUAUGGAUUGUCCCUAAACGCCGUGUUGUUUUGGGCCAUAUAUAUGAGCUGCUUCGUGGAAAACAGAAUGGUGUCUGUUGAGCGAAUAAAGCAAUUCACCAAUAUUCCAUCAGAAGCAUCAUGGGAAAUCAAAGACCGUCUUCCUCCUCCAAAUUGGCCCACCCAUGGAAAUAUUGACCUCAAAGACUUGCAGGUUAGAUAUCGUCCAAACACUCCUCUAGUUCUGAAAGGGAUUACUCUAAGCAUUCAUGGGGGAGAAAAGAUUGGGGUCGUUGGUCGAACAGGAAGUGGGAAGUCAACUUUGAUCCAGGUUUUCUUUAGGCUGGUUGAACCUUCGGGAGGGAGAAUCAUUAUAGAUGGCCUUGACAUUUGCAUGCUUGGGCUUCAUGAUCUUAGGUCUCGGUUUGGUAUCAUUCCUCAAGAACCUGUUCUUUUUGAAGGGACAGUGAGAAGCAACAUGGAUCCAAUUGGACAGUAUUCAGAUGACGAGAUAUGGAAGAGCCUGGAGCGUUGCCAACUUAAAGAUGCGGUGGUUGCAAAACCUGAUAAGCUCGAUUCUUUAGUGGCUGAUAAUGGGGACAAUUGGAGUGUGGGACAAAGACAGCUUCUUUGUUUGGGCAGGGUUAUGCUUAAGCAUAGCAAAGUCUUGUUCAUGGAUGAGGCCACUGCUUCUGUUGAUUCCCAGACUGAUGCUGUAAUUCAGAAGAUCAUCCGGGAGGACUUUGCAUCCUGUACAAUUAUCAGCAUUGCUCACCGAAUACCCACAGUCAUGGACUGUGAUAGGGUUUUAGUAAUAGAUGCAGGAUGGGCAAAGGAAUUUGAUAAACCAUCUCGUCUGAUCGAAAGGCGAUCGCUCUUUGGGGCAUUGGUUCAAGAGUAUGCCAACCGCUCAUCUGGGUUGUAAGACAACCCUAGUCAGUCUCCUUUCCUAUCCAACUGCUGCUAGUCUUGGCUGACCAUCAGAUCCCAUGACAGAAUUCCCUUACUAGGUAGCUGAUUACUCUUUUCAUUGAACUUUUUUUUUUUUUUUUAAAUGCACUGGUUCUUUGUAUUAACGCCCCACUAUUUGCAAUCUCUCUAAAUGCAAUUGGAAUUGAAUUGUAGAAAGCAUAUGACAGUUAUGGGCAGCUCAAUAUUAGUGCUGUUAUUCAAGGUAACAAUUAAGUCGUUAAAAUAAAUUGACUGAAGAAAACUAUUGAUGCCCCA